AUGCUCGGCAUCCGCCCUCUCACGCUGCGCCCGCCUCCCCGUCUUGCUUUCGCUCCUCGUAGAUCCGUCGUACCUCAGCACGCCCGUAUGUCGUUCACGAAGGACACGAGGACGAGGCUCCGCGAUGGACACGAGAUCCCUAUAAUAGGCUUUGGAACCUACCAGAUCACCGGCCGUGACGCAUACAACGCCACCAAAUGGGCUCUUGAGGCCGGCUAUCGCCACGUCGACUCCGCGGAAUGGUACUCCAACGAGCCCGAGGUCGGCCGCGCGAUCCAGGACUUCUGCACCGCCUCUGGGACCCCGCGCGCGGAGGUGUACUACACCACGAAGCUGCAGACGAACCGUUCGCGCGCGGACGCCCUCGAGCAUGCCCACGGUUGCCUUGACGCGUGCGGGCUCGGCCACAUCGACCUCUUCCUCCUGCACUCGCCCAUCGGCGGCCCCGCCGCGCGUCUCGACGCGUGGCGCGGCGCGCUCGACGCCCGCGACGCGGGGAUCGUGAAGAGCGUCGGCGUGAGCAACUUCUCCGUGCGCCAUCUGCAGGAGAUGAUCGAUGCGGGGGUGGAGCUGCCGGCGGUGAACCAGAUCGACCUGCACCCGUUCAUGACGCGGACCGACGUCGUCGGGUUCUGCAAGCAGCACGACAUCGCCUUGGAGGCGUGGGCACCCCUCGUUGAGGGUAUGCGCUUCCGCCAUCCGACAAUCGUGAAGUUGGCCAAGAAGCACGGCAAGGAGCCCGCGCAGAUCCUCCUGCGCUACUCGCUCCAGAAGGGCUUCAUCGCGCUCCCCAAGUCCUCGAAGAAGGCGCGCAUCCAGUCCAACUUGAACGUCUACGACUUCGAAAUCGCAGAGGCCGAAAUGGCGGAGCUCGACGCCCUGGACGAGUAUCUCAUUACCGACUGGGACCCGACGGAUACGCCGUGA